AGGCCCCCUGAUGCCGGGUGGGCACCGCACGGCCCCGCUGGGCUCUCUGGAGGUGCCGGGCAGCCCGUACAGCGUGCGGGUGCUGCGGGUGGGCUACAGCAGCCCCCAGGCCGACGGCUCCGUGCUGGCCGACGGCAGCGUCACCCUGGUGUGGGGCGGCCCCGUCACGGCCCUGGUGGACACGGGGGGGCCCUGGGACCGGGCCCUGCUGCCCGAGCUGCUGCGGGAGCGGGGGCUGAGCCCCCGGGACGUCACCCACGUGGUGGUCACCCACGGCCACUCGGACCACGCCGGCAACCUCAACCUGUUCCCGGGGGCGGCCGAGCUGCUGGUGGGCUUCGACCUGAGCCGGGGGCCGGGGCUGUUCGUGCCGCAGGGGCUGGCGCGGGGGGAGCCGCUGGCCCUGCACGGCCCCCUCCUCGAGGCGCUGCCCACGCCGGGCCACACGCGCGCCCACGCCGCGCUGGCCGUGCGCGGCACCGCCCUGGGCACCGUGCUGGUGGCCGGGGACCUCUUCGAGAGGGAGGGCGACGAGGCCGAGUGGGAGGCCCUGAGCGAGGACCCCCCCCUGCAGCGCCGCAGCCGCCGCGCCGCCCUGGCCGUGGCCGAUGUCAUCGUGCCCGGGCACGGCCCGCCCUUCAGGGUCCUCAGGGACGAGCAGGGGGACGGGGACGGGGACGGGGAC